UCAGUAAUGAACUAGUCACGACUGUUUGUGCUUUAUUACCGGCUACUUCAGCAGCACAAUUUAGCUCAUGUUCAUUGCCAGAGGGUAAAAGUAGUACAUUUUGAGGGGAAACUCCAGUGGAGAUGUCGACUGCUCUUGAGAGUUACAUUAACCGGACUGUGGCCAUCAUUACAUCAGAUGGACGAAUGAUUGUGGGAACGCUGAAGGGCUUUGACCAGACAAUCAACCUCAUCUUAGAUGAAAGCCACGAGCGUGUGUUCAGCUCCUCCCAGGGAGUGGAGCAGGUUGUGCUGGGACUGUACAUCGUUAGAGGAGAUAAUGUGGCGGUCAUUGGUGAAAUCGAUGAAGAAACAGACUCCGCGCUGGACCUCGGCAAUAUAAGGGCAGAACCACUUAACUCCAUAGUGCACUAAUUUUCCCUCCAGAGUGUAAAAGUAGAGACUCAUUCAAUCCACAUCCACAGUAUUUUUCACUGGAUUCCCCUCCCUCUCCUCUUCCU